UGUUCACUUUACACGGCACUAUUUGAUCCUGCGGGUAGUUGUGAAUAGUAAUUUGGGAAAUAUUUCGACCUUCACCUAACUGAAACCGGUUGCAAUGAUAUACGCAUUCGAGUAAUGGAAACUGAUUUCAAACGGGAUUCAGUUCACCACGUUGGAACAAAGAAUGAUAACUCUAAUUUACUAAGUGUGCUAAAAUCGACAAAUUUAUUGUUAUGACACCUCAUCAAUAUAUAUUUUUUUAUCUAUCACUAGAUCAAUAAGAGAUAGAUUUAAUCGAUAUAGAUCUACGCCACAUAAGCAAAUUCUCAUUCAGGUGAUCUUCUUUACUGUGAAACUGUACAAGAACUCAUGAGGGCAUAGUCUUGAGACCGAAGAGGAAUUGACAGAUGAUUGAAGAUUCUUCUACUUCUAGUUCUACCAAAAUUUGUUUAUAAAACUUUUACUUACAAACAACCGGUCUAGCAGUUUGUAUGGUUGAAUUACUAAAUUUUAUAUUGAUGCAUCUCUCUGUCGUCCUGAGUAGACAUGGGGAAAAUUUAAACCCGGAAUAGACAAGCAAUGAUCGUAUCAUAAGGAAAGAGGGAUUGCAAGAGAUAAGGUUUUAUACAAGUUCAAACUGCAACCUGUAUUCUGUAUGGUUUGUCAUGCAGAACUUGCAACAAAACAGAAAGGAAUGUUACAUUUAGAAGACAGUCCCAUAUUGCAUUGAAUAAGCGAAAGAUCGUCUAAAAAGGAAAAGACAAUCGCAAUCUACUGUUACAAAAUUUGGUUGUGAACUGUGUAUAAAAUUGAGUUUUAUACCUUAGGAGAAUGAAAAUUCUUCUUCAAGAAUCAAUUUCCAAAAUGCAUAAAGUUCUAACAUUCCAUUACCUUUUUAUUUCGGUUUGUGUUUUAUUUAUUAUAAAAUUAACAUAUUGUAAGCCACUGACAUUUAAGAAAGACCUUGGAGAUUCUCAGCUUACACUUGAUAAAUUAAAACCUCAGGAUCACUUAGAUGCCUUAAAAAUGGAACAUGAUGGACACAUUAACAGGGAGUAUCAUAAAGAGCUAUUUUUAGGAAAUCAUGAAGAUAUAGAAAAAGAUGCUCAAAAUGCAGAUUCAAAAUUAAAAGACGUAUUUUUCAGGGUUGAUGGUGAUAAAGAUGAAUUUUUAACAGAAGCAGAACUGGAAAGUUGGAUCAAACUAAAAAUGGAAGAACAUUUCGAUGAAGCUCUACAAGAAAAUGAUGAAAUAUUUGAACAUUUAGAUCCAGACAAAAAUGGAAAAAUCCAUUGGAAAGAAUAUUAUGUUCAUUUUCUAUUAGCAAUGAAUAUAGCUGAAGAUAUAGCCAGAAAACAUGUAAAUGAUUAUGAUCAAAUUGAACUUGAUUCAAAUGCAAAAGAAGAUUUGAUUCGCUAUAAAUUCAGAUGGACAGAUGCUGAUGAAGAUCCUGCUGAUAAUGAACUAACAAAACUGGAAUUUCUGGCGUUCCGUCAUCCUGAACAGGCUCCUAAAACAUUAAAUAAUAUGGUGUCUAGUAUUAUUAGUACUUUAGAUCUUAAUGAUGAUCAUAUAUUAACUGAAGAAGAGUUUACAGCUUUACCACCAGGGGAAGUAGAAGAACAGGAUCAACGUGAUUUAGAUCAACAAUGGCAGGCUGAACGAAAGAAAGAAUUUCAACUUGGUGUAGAUACAAAUCAUGAUGGAAAAGCCACAGAGGAAGAACUCAAGAGAUAUCUUGACCCUAAAAAUCCAUUUCAAGCAGUUAUGGAAGCAAGGAAUCUGAUAAAUUUAAUUGAUGUGGAUAAAGAUAAGAAAUUAUCAUUAACAGAAAUCAUGAAUAGAAAAGACAUCUUUUUAUCUAGUAAAAUUUGUGAUUUUGCUCGAAACUUACAUGAUGAAUUUUAGGUCAUUUAUUUUUUUUCUUUACCAUGAGAAAGUAUUGUAAAAUUUAUAAUAAUGAUGUUAACUUGUUUAACAGUCUAUUUUUGUAAAUACUGAAUAUAUAAAGAAAAUCAUUUAUAAAAGAGGUUUUGUAUAAAUUGAAUGACUUAUUCUAAAGGUUUGGAAUUUGGUGUAUUUUUGAGAAAAACAUCUUUAGAAAUUCAUCUGAAAUUAAACUUCAGUUGAAUGUAAAAUAUUUGUUAAUAGAUUUGGUAUGCAAUUUAAUAGUAGCCUAGAUCAAAAGUGUGCCAUAGAUAUGCAUGUUUUUUUUUUAAAUGCCUACAUUGAAAUGUCGUCGCCCCCCCCCCCGGCUUCCAGAAUUGCUUGUGGACACUCUGCUCUAGAGGCUAAAGUUAAUAGCCGAUUGACUUUAAGGUCACGAUACAAAGAAGCCCCUUGAUUUUCACCGAUUUCCGAUAAUUACUGCCACAGUUAUGGCCUUUGAUCACUUUGAAAAAUCUUGUAGACGCUCUAGAGGUUAAAGUUAUUACCUGAUUGACUUUAAAUUUAUACACAGUGUUUAAGGUCAUGAGACGAUGAAGCCUAUUGAUUUUCAACGAUUUCUGAUAAUUACUGCCAGAGUUAUGACCCUUGAUCCCUUUGAAAAAUCCUGUAGACGGUCUAGAGGCUAUCCAAUUGACUUUAAAUUUAUACAUAGUGUUUAAGGUCAUGAAACGAAGAAGCCCCUUGAUUUUCACCGAUUUCCGAUAAUUAAUGCCAGAGUUAUGGCCCUUGAUCUUGUGGAUGCUUUAGAGACCAUAGUUAUCAUCUGAUUGAUUUUAUAUUUAUACAGUUUAAGGUCUUGAGACGAACAAUUGAUUUUCAAUGAUUUUUGAUAACUUGAACAACUAAAUCCAUGACAUUAAAUGUUUUGCAAAGUAAACAUUAGCAUGGCCCAAACAAAUUCUAAUGAUUUUCUGAUAAUUACUUAAUGUGUUGUUACUCUUAAUCAGAUUUUAAUGUAUUAUAAAUGUUUCAUUACCGACAAAAGUAAAAAAUAUGCGACAACUCUUGUUGACUGCCCAGAUGAUUUAGCUGCUGUGGGCGUAUAUUUCGUUGUCUGGCAACCUAUCUUAACAACAUAUUGUAUGUAUUAUUAAACAUUUAUGUGCAAGUAAGACUAACUGAAAUCAACAUGCUAAAAGCAUUUACAAUAGCAUAGUAUUGCCAAGUUGGUGCAUUUUCAUAUUGCCUGCAUGGUUGUGGAAAUUAUGUACUGUAAGAAUAUACAUAGUUUACUGUCUCAUUCCAUAUUUAUUUCUGAAACUAUAGCUUUUGAUAAUGUAACAUUUUCAUGUCAGCCAAACCAUUCUAAUUUUUAGUUUUUUGGGAGUUAUGAUACAUAAAUAGGCACUGGAGUCUUGUAAACAAUGUUUCUUUGAUAUUUCAAAACUGAAAAAUUUGGCACCAAAGGCUUUUCAGAAAAGUAACCAAGUAGAUUUUUUAUUCAAGAAUGAAAUUUUUAGUCGAUGUGCCCAAAGUACGAAUAUUUAAAUUGGUGUUGACUUAUUUUAUAAAUAACAAGGAGAUCUGAGUUUUAUAAUUACUUCCAUAAUCCUUGUAUUAUAUGCACCAGAUAGUUUUACACUAAAAUAAAAUUUCGGGAAUGUUUUUAUAUAUGUAGUAGGUUUUAUAAUGUUUGUAUGUAUUAAUGUUAUGUUAUGUUAUUUAUAAAAAGUUUGCUUUUUGUUAGAUUUUGGUUACAAUAUAAUAUGGUUUCUGUGAGAAAGGGUUUGAUUUUUUUUAAAAAUGAAAUACACAUCAUCGGUCCACGGACAAAAUACUUUGUACUUUUUUUUGGAAAUCCAUGAUUGUAAAGAAAUUUAUGUUUUUACAAGAUGUUGAUUGUGAUCCUGAUAUUUGGUGAAAUUGUAUAUACAAUUCAUUCAAUACACGCCUCACACUCUCAGAAAUCCAUGCACACCUCACCAUAACGGACCAUAUCAUUAGCUAAUCUCCCACAUCUAGCAGAACAUGGUUUAUUUGAUUUUAUUGGAGUAAAGACAGUGUGAUAGGAGGGAGAUUUUGUCUGGACUGCAGCACAAUAGUCUACUCUUAUUUCAAAUUCCAACUGUCAAGGGUUAUUUCAAAACGCCGACGCAUACACAGGACCUCAUUUUUUUUGUCUCAUCCAAGUUGUCCUUGCCAGACCCUCCAUCCUGCAACAUAAAACAUAAUUUGAACUACAAUGUAUAAUAAACGAAUGCUAAAGGAUCUGUUUUAUUAAUAUUGGUCAUUAAACAAAGAAUGUCUGAAAAUUACAGGGAUAUUAAUGGAAGAAUAAAAGUUUAUAGAACAUAUGAAAUGAAUGAAAUGAAAUGGGGUUUAACGUCCUACUGUUCUGCUCCUAACCUGGGCUAAUGAAGACGGGCAUACGCCAUACAGUGUGCUAUGAGGGAAAUUUUGCCCGGACAGCGGCACUACGGCCUACUCUUAUAUCGAAUUCCAACUGCCAAGGGAUCUUUUACGUGCACGCCAAUGUGAGAACAUAUGAAAGUUAUGGUAUCUGUGCGACUGAUUAAAUUGUAUUAAAGUCACAUGUAUUUAUUUCUGUGUUCUUAAAAUUUUAAAAAUAUUUAUUAUAACUACCAACAAUUCACAAUUUUAUUAUUAUUAAUGUUCAGGUUUUAAUUUUAAAGUCACAAGUCAGAGGUUAUAUUUUAAUGUAAAGAUCGUUGUAAUUAGAAAAAUCUGAGUAUAAAAAGAUGUUCAUUAAAAUUGUACACAAGAAAUCAACACGUUUUUCUAAGAGAUAAAGAUGACGAAUCAAUGAAAACCAAUGUAAAAUGAUUGUAACUUAGUUAGAAUAUUCAGAUUUAUGUACCAGAAUGUUUUCUAAUAAAGAGAUUAUGCAUGAUCUUACAUGUAAAUUCUAUAUUUAAUCUUUAUUCUGUUGUGGCUUUAACGUUUCACCAGAAGAUGUUUAUUGUAUAUCCUUAACCAAUAUACCAUUUAUAUUAAUUUUAACAAUACAGAUAAACUUUAUACGUUAAAUAUUAUUUUUUUAUCAUAAGUUCAUGUUAUAGUGUUUUUAAUUGAGCUGUAUAUAAGGCACAUCAGAGUGUGUUUGUGAUGUUUUUCACAGGGUAUAAUACAAACUCGGUUCAUUUACAUGGUAUUUAAAAAUAAAUAUGGUUAUAUAUAUAUAUAUAUA